GGAGAGAAUUCAUGAAUCAAAUGAAAAAACUCUUUAAUACUGAAAACAUAUCUACUGAAAGUCUUCAAACAAAAAUUCCCAUAUCAUUUUCCUCUUCUAAAUCUGAAUUAUCUGACGAUAAUCUUCAAACACUUGAAAUUCAUGAUAUACCAAUGACUAGCAAAAAGGAAAAAUACGUUGCUACCAGCUCAGGGACAACUCCUUCCAAUCCAUUAACUACUUCAGUAAACUUUGCUUUAAACAAUGAAAAUGAAAUUUUUAAACAACUGUCCAAAAGUCUCAAUAGCUUGGCCACUGCAAUAAAUGGCAUGGAAAAAGCACAUGAAACAGGAAUUGUUAAAUAUCCUGAAUUUAGGGGAGGUGACCAGGAUCCUCUAAAUUGGUUGAAGGAAUUUGAAAUUGCUUGUGGAACCAAUCGAGUAAACUCUCAUAAUAGGAAGUUACAAAUUGUAGCUUCUGUUUUGAAAGGAACUGCUCAAUCUUGGUAUCAAAAUAGCAAACAUGGAAUCGUAUAUUGGGAUCAUGAUGAUCGAAUACAGGAUGUAUUUGUUCCAAGGUUCAAAGCACAAUUCUGGUACCAGCUACUGAAUGUAACAUAUGUCAUAAAAAAGGACAUAGGGCAAAAUUCUGCAGGAACAAAAACAAUACUCAAGGAAAUAACUCCAACCAUAAUUCCAACAACAAUCCCAAUAAUCAAAGGGAUGGUAAAUCCUAUUUGA